UACGAGGAAACAGAAGAAGUUGUAGUCGUGUUGUGAAUCAUGCCCCCACCUAGUUGAUUAAUAAUUGUCUCGCCUGACGUUGAGCACCUCACCGAACAGGAAACGUGGGAGCUGAAAGACGAGCAGAGCAGGAGCAGCACCUGACGCGGCAGCUUUAACCUAACUAGGUUGAGUAAAUACUCUUUAUUUCUUGUAUUUAUGUCGCUAACAAGACCCCACAGUUAGCCGUGAAACGUAACGAUAAGAAGAUGAAAGCUAACGGUUAGCCACAGUGUCUGCUGCCAAAAUGUUGUCUGAGGGAGGCUCUUUCAUGAAGGGGAUGCUCAUGGGAGGCCUCUUCUGCUUGGUGCUGUCACUCCUGGGUAGUUUCAGCCCCAGCACAGAGUCCAGGACGGAGGACCAACACCAUCAUCAUCACGUCAAGGCCCCAAGUAAAGACGAGUUGAAUCGCCUCUCUGACAGCCAGGUGCAGGAGUUGAGCAAUCAAGUCCGGGUUUAUUGCAUCAUCAUGGUACAGCCAAAGAUCCUUGUUUACUGGGCCACAGCUAUGGACACCUGGAGCAAACACUGUGACAAGGCUGUGUUUUACACCUCAGAGUCCUCUAAGGCGCUCGAGGCCAUAGACCUGAAAGAAAAAGAUGACUGGGCAAGGUUACGUAAAGCUCUGAAGCAUGCUUAUGAGAAUGCCGGCGACCUGCGCUGGUUCUUUGUGGCACAACCGACUACUUUUGCCAUCAUUGAGAACCUCAAAUACCUGGUGCUUGCAAAGGAUCCCAGUGAGCCCUUCUAUCUGGGCAAUGCUAUGAAGUCAGGGGAGCUUGAGUAUGUGGCGUAUGAUAGUGGCAUUGUUCUAAGCUAUGAAGCUCUGAAAAGGCUGGUUCACGUGUUUCAGGACGAAGACAAAUGUCCAGAGAGAGGACGAGCCCUGUGGAAGCUGAGUGAUGACAAGCAGCUGGCCGUGUGUCUCAAAUAUACAGGUGUGUUUGCAGAGAACGGAGAAGAUGCACACGGAAAGGGCCUGUUCAACAGCAAGAGUGUCGACAGCCUGAUAACAGACAGCAUGAAGGACAACCCCACCAAUGUGGUGGAGGGCUGCUGCUCCGACUUGGCUGUCACAUUCAGCGGGAUGUCACCAAAUCAAAUGCAGGUCAUGAUGUUUGGAGUUUACAGACUCCGACCUUACGGGCACGAUUUUCAUGACUCGUUAACAUUUUACCCUCCUGAAGGAUCAGACAAUGACUAGAGACUUAUUCCUUCAAGCUGGAUGUUGCAUUUUAAUUAUUUUGCGUCUGUGAUGGCAAAACUCGGUAUUGGGAGAUGGUUUUCUUAUGCUGUUUGUAAAACUUGAUCCUGGGUGGGAACAACACUUUUAUGUAUAUUUGUAACUUUUGCACUUGGCACAAUCAGCACCACAUUUCUUUGUGGUGUAGGUACACAGCUGAUGGGAGUGCCGUCCUUUUGAAUGAAGAUAUGACUGGGAAAUAUAUCAAGCCUGUGACAUAAGAUUACCUGGAAGUUUUGGUUAUUGUAAUAUUGUUAUGUAUCUUAAAUGUUUGUCUUUUUGUCGUCUUAAAGCUGCAUUAGUUAUUGAGUGAUACUGUUUUGAAAUUAUUUAACUGUUUAACAAAUUGCUCGGCCCUCUUCACAUUAUGAAUGACUUUUUCUUUCCUCUGAGAAUUGAAUCAAACAUGUUCUAACCCAGUUCUAAAUUAAGUGCAUUUCUUGUCAUGUAAUGCUUGUUUAUCUCUACAUAUUACGAAUUGGCCUUCACUGCUUAAUUAAUGAGUGAGUAACGUAUAUUUCUUGUCACACAUAUAAAAAAAAAAAAGGACGGAGGUGUAAUUGUUCCACUGAUAUUUUAAAAACACCUGGCUUCAGACUCACCAUAUGAUGCCUUUUUAAAAAGAAAAAGAAAAAGAAAAAAAACACUUGGGUAAUAAAAGUAAAUAAAAUGAA